AUGGCAUCCUACAAGCCCGUCAACCUCAAAAAAAUCAAGCCCGUCAUGGCUCAGGAACUAACUCCCUCCCCGAAAACGGUCACGAUCCCUGUCGAGGACUACGCACAGCUGCUCCGAGACUCAAAAGAACUAAAGCGAAUCAAUGCUGCGAAACUUGCUGCAAAUGUGACACAGGGUAUGUUAAUCAAAGCUUUGGAUCUUGCUGUAAGCUACAAAACCGAAGUUAACAUCAAAUUCACAACAGAGAUCGGUCAACUUGACCUCGACGUCGACAGCGACCUGGGUGAUUGGGAUCGCUUCGACAUGGAGAGCCUCGAUUCCUUCCUGGGCGAGACUCGCGCCAACAUGACCCCGGAAUCCGUCGAUGAUUUCGUUGCCCGUGAAAACAUCAACCACACCGUUAUCCUUCUCCCUCCUGCUCGCGUCACCCACGCCGAGGUCGCCGCUGCCGUUCGAGACGGAGCUUUGAUCCAGAUCUUCCUCCAACGCUCCAGUAAUCAGGUCAACGUGACUUUUGCUCGCUCCGAGGAUGCCGCUGGAUUCCUCGUUCACGCCCAGUCUGCCCCGUUCUACGUCGGAGGCCACCUGACCACUGUUCAGUGGGCUCCUCGCGGCUACAUCGCCCCGCGAUACGUCCUCGAGCAAGCCAUCGCAGGCACCGUCAGCCGCAAUUUGCUCCUGGAAAACAUCAAUCCCAAGCUCACGGAGGCCAUUAUCCGACGUGAUAUGCACCACAUCCACAACAUGGCUAUCAUCUCCGUUACCUUCGCCAAAGGCAAUGCACACAUUUCGACCAGCUCGGUGGGCGGAGCUCUGUAUGCCCGCACCUGCAUGCGAUCCCGGGCUUUCUACAAAGGCAUGCGCAUUUCGUUCUCUGAGGACGAAUGUGCCAAGCCAUUUUCUCGCUCUCGCCGUUCUCGUGUUGUCAACCCCGUUAUCAAGGCCCCAAAGAAGCCCAAGAGCCCCGUUUACAACCCGUACGAGGUAUUGUCCCAGGGAGAAUUCGAUCUGGGCGAGGAUGAAGAAUACUAG